AUGGCGGCCGAGGACCACAAUGGCGGUCGAUCGGCGCUGAUCUUCCUCGGGACCGGGUGCUCGAGCGCCGUCCCCAACGCAAUGUGCCUGAUCCAGCCCUCCAAUCCCUGCGACGUAUGCCCUCAGGCGCUCUCCACCCCCCCGGACCAAAACCCUAAUUACCGGUGCAAUACAUCGCUUUUGAUUGAUUAUUGCCCAAGUGAUGGCAAGCACUGUUAUAUAUUGAUUGAUGUUGGAAAGACGUUCAGGGAGCAAGUGAUUCGAUGGUUCACUCGCUAUAAGAUUCCUAGAAUUGAUUCUAUUAUUUUGACUCAUGAACACGCUGAUGCAGUUCUUGGUCUGGAUGAUAUACGUGCCGUUCAACCACAUAGUCCCACAAAUGACAUUGACCCUACUCCCAUCUACCUAACUCAGUAUGCAAUGGAGAGCAUUGCAGAGAAAUUUUCUUACUUGGUGAAGAAAAAAGUUGAGGAAGGAAAAGAACUGAGACGAGUAGCACAGCUUGACUGGAGGAUAAUUGAGGAGAAUUGUGAAACAUCGUUUGUUGCAUCUGGCCUACAAUUUAUUCCUUUGCCAGUGAUGCACGGGGAAGAUUAUGUCUGUUUGGGUUAUCUAUUUGGUGAAAGAUGUAGAAUAGCCUACAUAUCUGAUGUGUCUCGCUUUCCUGCAAGCACAGAACAUGUCAUUUCAAAAGAUGGGGCUGGGCAGUUGGAUCUUCUUAUCUUGGACACUCUAUACAAGACUGGAUCCCAUAAUGUUCACCUUUGCCUCCCACAGACUCUUGAAGCUGUGAAGAGGAUUUGUCCAAAACGAGCCUUGUUAAUUGGAAUGACUCAUCAAUUUGAUCACCACAAGGACAAUAAAUUUCUUACGGAAUGGUCUGAGAGGGAAGGGAUACCAGUGCAGCUUGCGCAUGAUGGUUUGAGAAUCCCCAUGGACCUAUGA